AUGAGUCUUUGGGAACCACGCGUUCCCACCCGCCUUCACGGCGGCCAAGGUCUGCUACACCAAAUCUCCCUACGGUGGAUCUAUCUCUCCUCUUCUGUGUUUUUGAUGACGGAGCAGUUCCUCCCGACCAUGCUGCUCCUCCUCCUCCUCGCCGCCGGGAUUGAGGCUCACCCGGCGGGGCUCCGAAUCCAACAAGGGCUACUAGCCAGCCAGGAUGAGUCUUUCUGGGUAUCUGCCUUCAAGAAGUAUGGUCUGCAACUGCUGCAGUUCUGUCUCAACAGUUAA